AUUAAUUUAUUAUUAUAAGCACAUAAACUUAUUUAUGGAAAACAACGCAAUUCUAUAAAGACAAAGUGGAGGCAUCUUAAGAUGGCGUCAAAAUUCGUGCUCAUUCCUCUAUAUAUCAACGCCAAUCCCCAUGAUUCCUCUCUCGACUACACUCUCCGAGAUGCUCUUUGAACCAUUUUGUUUCUUUCUUUUGUAGCGCAUAAUAACAGCCCAUAAACUAGAUCUCUCACACAUAAAACUCUAUAUAUCUCUGCUUAAUUAGCUGUAUAUAUAUAUAUAUAUAUCUCUCUCUCUCUCUCAAUGGAAACUACCCUCCUAGUCCCAUACGGGGGCCUAAGAGCUUUUCCGACAAGCCGAAAACCGGCUCGAGAAGCCGCGUCUGGCCGUCGGAGGCCGACCCAGAAGCCCAAGUCUUUGUUGUCGCCGGCGAAGGCGGUGAUCGCGAGGCCGACCAGGAGGACGGUGUACAAAGAUAACUGGUUCGACCGCCUCGCCAUCCGAUAUCUAUCCAGUAGUGUACAAGAGACUGCAGGAAUGAGGAGCGAGAAGGACGGCUACGAGAGCUUGACGGAGGCGGCGAUCAUGGUUUCAAGGAGCUUCGACGCUGCGAGACAGCAGGAGGUGGUGAUCGAAUCGCUCAGCAACGCUUUUCCCAGAUUCAUACUGGAGAUGAUAAAAUUCCUGCUACCGCCUUCAAAGUUAUCGAGGCAGUUCUUCGCCACUUUCACGACGAUAUUUUUCGCCUGGCUAGUUGGACCAUGCGAGGUCAGGGAGUCAGAAGUUGAAGGGAGGAGAGAGAAAAAUGUGGUCUACAUCCCCAAAUGCAGGUUUUUGGAGAGCACCAACUGUGUGGGAAUGUGUAGAAACAUGUGCAAGAUCCCUUCUCAGAGAUUCAUACAGGACUCUCUUGGUAUGCCCAUCAACAUGGUCCCUAAUUUUGAAGACAUGAGCUGUGAGAUGAUCUUUGGACAAGAACCCCCCGAAGAUGAUCCAGCACUGAAACAACCAUGUUACCAAACACUAUGCAUGGCGAAGCAAACACAUGGGGUCAAUUGUUCCAAGUGAUGAACCAAAAAGUUAAAAUAUACAAAGAGACUUCAUAUCGGUAUAUAGAAGAUCACUUUUACACAAAGAACGACCUUUAUUUUUUGCCCUUUAUGUAAAAGAAGCCCUUGGUUCUAGCUAAUAUUUAUUGUUCGAACUAAAUUUUAUGAUCCACAAUGAUGGUUACUGUUAAAAUAUUAAUAAACCAUUAAUGCCAUCUAAAAUUUCCUUGUGGCAAAUACAUAAGGACUUUUUUACAUAAAACUCCCUCUUUGGGAACCUUGUAAAAGUAGAAUAGUUAUUAAAAAUUUAAAACUUGGGUAUUUGACUAGUUCUCCAUCUUUUUCCAGAAAAGAUAUUUGGAUGGUUUUUGUAAUAUUAAAACAUACAACAGAGCAACCCCAUCCCUAUAUAAAUUUUGAGGUAAACAGGAAAAAGAGCUCAAACCUAUGAAAUUUUGGAAUAUGGUAAAAGUAAAACAUCUUAGCCACUCAGCUCCCACCAUCUGUAAAAAUGAGGCAUUUCUUUGGUAAAAUUCAAGAUAGCUUGGAAUGAUCCAAACACCUUA